AUGGAUCUGAUCGCGACAGUCACGCCAAUCGGUCAUGCGUCAGGCCAGAAAACCAAAGACGUCGUUGAUGUCUGGAGAUUGAACGGCCAGAGAGUCUUUGGGGCCACGUUUGAGAAGGCCGAUGAUCAAGAUGGAGACGGAGAUGGCGACCUAGCAGCCAGUGGGGACAGACGGAGAGGAACACUCCAGGAGAACGAUGACAAAGGAAAAGACAGAUGGUUUGUCACGGCUGUGAGCUGGAGGAGAGAUGGCCAAAUCCUCGCCGUUGCCUGCGCCGACGGCACUGUCUCUCUAAUCAAUGCUUUUACCGGCAAGAUCGCUCAUCGACUCAACGCUCCUCGAAGUCUACCAGCAUCGCCGAACGCCACGAUGAGUUUCAACUCGUCUCCAUCAUCGCAGCCUCAAGCGUCAGGCUCCAGCAGCUCCGGAAGCAAAUCGGUCAGUCCUCCUCUCCAACCCGUCACCGUCACCGCUAUCUCAUGGACCAAGCACUUUGCUUUCCCGACUGGCGACAAGGUCCGGUCACGCCUCGAGGGAUCCGGUACGCCAGUUUCGCUCGACCAGCUUCUCGGGCUCAAAGCCGACAUGGACCAGCUCCUCAACGUCGCAGCCGAUCUACCCCAAGCGCUGGCUUCAAUCGACGUUGAGGACUCCCUACCCAAGAUCGCGACUCUCCCACCGCUUGGCGCAGCCGUUGACGACGACGUCUUCAGCUCGCGAGCCAGCAUCGAUGCUAUCUUUCAUUCAGACGGCUCAGCAGCAUCCGGAGGCUCGGCAGUCGGCGAUGUCAAUGCGCUCUUGACCGGUCUACUGAUGGGAGAUGGUAGUUGCGCCAUCGACUUGAAAAUCUUCGACUCCUUUGAGAUUGGAGCCAUCGAUAUCGAGGGCAGUCUGCGUACACUACCUGGAAGACGUCGCGUGAUUAAAUUCGACAGCCACCCCUUCCUUUCCACUGUCUUUCUCAUCAUUGAACAGGCUGAUCCUCAAGGGGUCAAUGUUACAGCGCAUCACCUGGUCAGCCUGGACCUCAGUUUCAUCCCGCGGACUGGCUCGAAUCUACCCCUGGUUGCGAGGAAGGCCACCCGGCUGGGCAACCUUCUACGGUACAUAUCGCAAAUCCAGAUGCAGCUGGCCUCCGAGGUGAAAGCCGCGUUUGAACUACCAGCCAGGUUCCUACGCAAUAUCAAUCAGGCACUCGCCGAGGGCGACCCAAGCGCCGAUUUCUCGUAUGCUGCGCAUCAUCUCGCCGUCAACGGUGAAUGUUUCCCGCACCUCAAGGAAUGGCUUGUCGACGAGGUUGGAGAGCGGGGUCUCAAGAGAUGGGAGAAGGCCGUGGGUGACUGUCUCGACCUCGUCCGCCGAAUGACCAGCGAAAAUCUCAUGCCGGCCCUGGAGAGAUGCCAUGUCAUCUUGGACAGACUCCACGGACUUGCGAUGUACGGACCCACCAGCUCCAAAUUGGGACUGAAUGAGCACAAUGUUGCAAAGAUCAUUGAGACCACAGAUGCCUUGACCAUCUUCGCCGAGGAUUUGCUGCUUGACGUCGCGAAGGAAGUCAAGGAGUUUACCGCGUUCAUGAAGUGGAUGAAGUUCGAGUGCGAGGUCGAAGCGUUGGAAGAGUCCAGCGAGCGGGCCGAAGAACUGCGAGAGGCCUGGACAGGCGAAAAUGAAGUCAUGGCCGUGUUGGAAUAUGUCAGUGGUGCGAUGGCGCAUAGCCGUCUGUGGAAGUAUGUUGACAGCACCACGAACGAUCAUCUUGGUGAAGGCAGUGCGGCGAUGGCAGCGAUCACUGCAGACACGGACGCCGGCUUCUUGGCCAACUAUGUGAAGAGACGAUCUGAUGGUAAGCCACUACCCGUGCUCGAGGAGAUGAUCGAACAAAUGCAAAAGCAGAGCGACGUCGUGUUCGAAGAGAUCGCAGAGACGUUCCGAAAGAGCAUUCUCGCCACCUACAUUACUCAGUACCCGCGCUGUGAUGGCGAGAAGAUGGACACCAGAGUCAUUCCGGACCAGGGUGAUGUCUCCCUGUACCACCUCAUGGCCAUCGCCAAAGAUCCCAAGGAGCGAGACCUCUUGCAUAUGGUGUCGACCACCCUGCGGUUCGAAAGUGGCAACGCUCCGAGAAUUGAAGACAACGUCAACAUCAGCACCACCGUCAGUGACGUGGACGAGAUCCUUGAUGCGAAGAUUGUCGACGACAAGACCAUUCUUGUCCUUGUCGCCCACCCAGCGGAUAUUAGAAUCUACCAGAUGGGAAUCAAGACAGACCUGGAGUACGAGGUAUGGGAGCUUCGACAUGUCUUUACGGAAGGCCGCAUGCACGCCGGACAGGAGCCAGCACGACUCGAGGUGAACGGCCGAGAAGGGAGGCGGGCUGUCACGGUGGUGGACGAGGCUGGCAUGGGCUAUUUGGUCCUGGAUAUGGAUGGUGAAGCCUGA